CACCCCCCCCCCCCGCCAGUGGGGGGUAUCUACACGGUGCUGCAGACCAAGGCCAAGAUCACGUCGGACGAGUGGGGGGAGAAUUACUUCCUGAUGGGGCCCUACCUAGAGCAGAACGUGCGCACCCAGGUGGAGCUGAUCGACCCACCCCACCCGGCCGUGCGACGCACCAUCGACUCCAUGAACGCCAAGGGCUGCAAGGUGUACUUUGGGCGCUGGCUCAUCGAGGGGGGCCCCUACGUGGUGCUGCUGGACGUGGGGGCCACGGCCUGGAGCCUGGACCGCUGGAAGACGGAGCUGUGGGAAAGCUGCGCCAUCGGGGUGCCCUGGUACGACCGGGAGGCCAACGACGCCGUCCUCUUCGGCUUCCUCGCUGCCUGGUUCCUUGGCGAGUUCGUGGCUCAGUGCGAGGAGAAGCCGUUUGUCAUCGGCCAUUUCCACGAGUGGCUGGCGGGCGUUGGGCUCAUCCUGUGUCGUACCCGCAAGCUGCCGGUGGCCACCAUCUUCACCACCCACGCCACGCUGCUGGGGCGCUACCUGUGCGCGGGCAGCGUCGACUUCUACAACAACCUGCAUGCCUUUAACGUGGACAAGGAGGCCGGGGACCGGCAGAUUUACCACCGGUACUGCAUGGAGCGGGCCGCCGUGCACUGCACCCACGUCUUCACCACCGUGUCCCAGAUCACGGCCGUGGAAGCCGAACACCUGCUCAAGAGAAAACCCGAUAUGGUGACCCCCAACGGCCUGAAUGUCAAGAAAUUCUCUGCCAUGCACGAGUUCCAGAACCUCCACGCCCAGAGCAAGGCCCACAUCCAGGAGUUCGUCCGGGGGCAUUUCUAUGGGCACCUGGACUUUAACCUGGACAAGACCCUGUUCUUCUUCAUCGCCGGGCGCUACGAAUUCUCCAACAAGGGGGCUGACAUCUUCCUGGAGGCGCUGGCCCGACUCAACUACCUGCUCCGGGUGAACGGCAGCCAGGUGACCGUGGUGACCUUCUUCAUCAUGCCGGCUCGGACCAACAACUUCAACGUGGAGAGCCUCAAGGGGCAGGCCGUGCGCAAGCAGCUCUGGGACACAGCCAAUGCCGUGAAGGAGAAGUUUGGGAAGAAGUUGUAUGAAUCGCUGCUGGUCGGGAACCUCCCCGACAUGAACAAGAUGCUGGACAAGGAGGAUUUCACCAUGAUGAAGAGAGCGAUAUUCGCCACCCAGCGUCACUCCUUCCCCCCCGUCUGCACCCACAACAUGCUGGACGACUCUACGGAUCCCGUCCUCAACACCAUCCGGCGUCUCGGUCUGUUUAACAGCAGUGCUGACCGCGUCAAGGUCAUCUUCCACCCCGAGUUCCUGUCCUCCACCAGCCCCCUGCUGCCCGUGGACUACGAAGAGUUCGUCCGAGGCUGCCACCUAGGGGUUUUCCCCUCCUACUAUGAGCCGUGGGGCUACACGCCAGCUGAAUGCACUGUCAUGGGGAUUCCCAGCAUCUCGACCAACCUCUCCGGAUUCGGUUGCUUCAUGGAAGAGCAUAUCGCCGACCCGUCGGCCUACGGGAUCUACAUCCUGGACCGACGGUUCCGGGCGCUGGAUGAUUCGUGCACCCAGCUGACGUCCUUCCUGUACAGUUUCUGUCAGCAGAGCCGGCGCCAGCGUAUCAUCCAGCGCAACCGGACCGAGCGCCUCUCCGACCUGCUGGACUGGAAGUACCUGGGCCGGUAUUACAUGUCUGCCCGACACCUGGCGCUCGCCAAGGCCUUUCCCGACAACUUCACCUACGAGCCCCCGGAGGAGACAGCGGCCCAAGGAUUCCGCUACCCCCGCCCGGCCUCCGUGCCCCCUUCGCCCUCCAUCUCCCGCCACUCCAGCCCCCACCACAGCGAGACGGAGGAGGACGACGAGCGGUACGACGAGGAGGAGGAGGCGGAGAAGGAUCGGCGCAACAUCAAGCCCCCGGCCAUGACGGGCCCUGUCCCCGAGUGGCGCAAGCCGCCCAAGAAGGGCUCCAGCGAGGCCAGCACCUCCUCCAAUGCCUCCAACGCCUCCACCCCCACCAUGCCCUCCAGCCCCAGCGACCCCAGCAGCCCCAACAACUCCAUCAUCGAGGAGAGGAACUAGGGGAGGGGGUUCUAGACUGGUCUAGAACUAGGGAGUGCCCCCACCCCAGGCACAACGGUUAUAAGCAACCCCCUUGCCGUCCCCGUCCUCUGCUUCUGGCUCGCCCUCUCAAGAACCCACCCUUCCCUUUUUGCUGGGUUCUAGAUUGCUCGUGCUAGGUUCUAGAUCAUUCAAAACCAGGUUCCCUCCCAUGAGAUGGGUAUAAACAUCCCCUUCUCACCGACUGUCCUCUAGAAACCCUCCUCCCCUUUGGUGGUGAGGGUUGCUGGGUUCUAGAUCAUUCAAAACCAGGGGUGAUCCCUCCACGUGAGAUAAACAUCUUCCUCCUGUUCUUUGCUUCUGGCUCUCCCUCGGGACCCCCAAAGUGAUGGGUUUGUUCAGUGUUCUAGAUCAGUGGCAUGGGUGUUCUAGAGUCCAGUCUCCAAGGUGCUCCAGGACCCUAUGCACUAUAGGCUCUGGCCUGCCCCUCCAAACUGUCUAGAACAACCUCCCUGUUGUCUGCAGCACUCUGGAUUGUACUAGUGUUUGCAGCUGCCAACGUUCAGGAGAGAUGGGGGGCUCUCAAAUGGUUUGGGCUAGGAACAAGGUCAGGUGUGGUCUAGAGAAAGGCCUGGUCUGGAACAGGGCCUGGCUUCAAGGUGUGGGGUUGGUCUGGAUCCUUCUAUAAGACUUCUCACUCAAGAAUGCAGGGCAGCUCUGGAUUAUCAUGUUUGGGGAUCUAGAUUGUUCUAGAAUUCUGUGUAUUAAAAUGGGGGUCGAGGAUGUAGGGUACCUGUAUUGGAUUCUGGAAUGCAGCAUUGGGUGAUAUUGGGGGUUCUGGAGCAGUCUAGAAUGGGACCUGCUGUAGCGUUUUGAUUGGAUUGUUCUGGAGUGAUGUGACAUAGCAGGGUGCUGGAGCUGUUUAGAAGGAGGGGCAGUCUAGAAUGACCCUGCUACCGAGUCUGAAGCAUUCUGGAUCCCUCUAGAACUCAGUGCAAUGAAGGGGUUGGGGCCAUAUGUAGAAGUCCACAUUGUCAUGGUCUAGACCAGUCCAGAACAUUGCACGGUCAAGAGAUGUUGAAGGGUGUUGGGUGUUCUGGAGGGGACAUCUCAAAUGGCAUCUCUGGGAAGGGGGAAGCACUGGCGGGCGCUGUGAACAAAGGGAGAUGGGUCGGUUCCUGACUUCUAGAAUGAUCUAGGUGGAGCUGCAUUCCAGAACAGCGUGUGCUGGGAGUCCUGGCCUUCUCACAGCGUUCUGCAGCACUCCUGUGGUCGGGCGAGCAUAGCCUCGGAAAGAGGUGGUCUAGAUCACAUUGUAGACCAUUCUAGAGCACUGCGUGUAGGAUGGAAAGAUGCUGCCGGGGGCAGGGUUCUAGAUCAUUCUAGCAAUGUCAGGGCAGAUGCUAGAAACCCAAGCUGCCUGGCACAUGUUCUAGGUUGUUUGAAGUCACUAGAUACCACCGUGGCCGGGCUAGAACGACUUGCAGGGUUUCGAUCAUUCUCGGCUUGGGAUUCGGUUGCUGGGUUCUAGAUCACUCUGUGCUCAGGCUGAGCGGGCUGCUCUAGAACAUGGCCGAUGACGGGGCAGCUGGAAGGCUCCAGGAUUCUGUAUGCGGGUGCAGUCUGGUCACGUCCCCUCCCCCUCCCAGACUUCCAACAACAGACCAGUCGAGAACCCGGCUGCUUGAUAUCUAGAACCCUGCUCCCGGCUGGCGCCAUCUGCUGGGGAGCGGGCGGGAGGGGUCACACAGCUGGACCUGCUGCUGAGAGGGGGGAGGGGGAGGUGUCUAGACAGGGCUCCCCUUGCCCACCAGUUUUCCGGCAACCCCAAGACAAGGAAAAUCAUGUUUCAAAAACGUUUGGGCUGCCAUCCCCUGGGCCGUGUGCCUAGGUCCCCCCGCUCUGUGCCUGGGCUGGGUGCUGCACCCAUGGGUGCCAUGGGGCCUCUGUGGGGUAAGGGCCCCCCCCCGGCUCGUGUUUUUUAUUUAUGGCUGUUGCAAAUGUCGUCGCUUGGUUUCAUUUUUGUCUCUCCCGGGCCACAGGGAGCCGGGCCGGGCCUAAGAAUAAACGUGAGUUGAACUCAG